AUUAAAUAAAAAUAUAAAAUAAGUCCAACUCAUGUCAUUCCUCAAAACAAGGUUAAAAUCAUGGAAGAUUGCCAUUUACAAAUUACAACUAUCUCCCAACUUGCACUCUACUACUCUUUGUGAAUAAAAGCAAGAAAAUUUGUGUUGAUCCCAACAUCUUUGUCUUCCUCUCUCUCUCUCUCUUUCUCUGUCUGCCCAGUCGCUAUCUUUCUACACACUAUUCUUUUUCUUUAGCAUAUGUGAAUUCCAACCAUUGAAUAACUUUUUCAUUUUAUCAAGCUAAGUGGCCUUGUUUGAUUUAUUGUUAUCAUUCUUUUGUGGGUCAUUUUCAGCUGACUUGGUUAUCUUCGCUCAUGUGUUUGUCUCCAUUGUAUAGUAAAACUCAACAUAAACUUACCAUAAAAGCAUAACAGUUUCAUUAGUACCUUUUAGCACUUGGGUUGUUGGGUAUUUAUUUUCUCUUGGUUUUUAUCAUAGGUGCAUAUGUGUCUAAUCAUCUUAUUCUUUACAUAACUCGUAGAUAGUUUUGGGAUCAGUGUUAUUCCAAGAUCCCAAUAGAUUCAUGGGUAAUUCAUCGUUUCUCCUUGUGCUUUAUCUCUCAUUUAUCGUUCUUGGAACUUGUGAUUAUUUGUUGGAUCAAGAGAAAGAUAAGAUUGAUGAGCUACCUGGUCAACCACCAAAUGUUGAUUUUUCUCAGUACUCUGGUUAUGUGACUGUGAAUCAACAAUCUGGGAGGGCAUUGUUUUAUUGGUUGACCGAGUCACCUACAAAUCGUGAUCCAAAAUCAAGACCACUCUUGUUAUGGCUCAAUGGUGGGCCUGGUUGUUCUUCAGUAGCUUAUGGUGCUGCUGAAGAGAUUGGUCCUUUACAUAUAAAUUCCGACGGGAAGACGCUUUUCAUCAACCCGUAUUCUUGGAACAAGUUGGCAAAUUUGCUAUUUCUCGAAUCGCCAGCAGGAGUUGGCUAUUCAUAUACGAACACCACAUCAGAUUUGUACACAGCUGGUGAUGCAAGAACAGCUGAAGAUUCGUAUGCUUUCCUUCUCAAUUGGUUCGAAAGAUUCCCUCAAUACAAGCACCGUGAUUUUUACAUCGCCGGAGAAAGUUACGCAGGUCAUUAUGUUCCUCAAUUGUCCCAAAUCAUUUACGAACGAAACAAAGGAGUGAAGAAUCCAGUCAUCAACUUCAAGGGUUUCAUGGUCGGAAAUGCAGUUACAGACGAUUACAAUGAUUACGUUGGUACAUUCGAGUACUGGUGGACCCACGGUUUGAUUUCAGAUUCAACUUAUAAGUCUCUACAAACAACAUGUGAAGGAGGGUCCUCUGAGCAUCCACCAAUCGCCUGCAUUAGGGCUCUAAAUACCGCCGAAUUAGAACAAGGAAACAUCGAUCCGUAUAGCAUUUAUACAAAGCCCUGCAAUUACUCUUCAUCAUUAAAACGUAGAGGACGUUACCCAUGGAUGCGUGGAGCAUAUGAUCCAUGCACCGAGAAAUAUUCAAACGAGUACUUCAAUCUCCCUGAAGUUCAAAAGGCCUUUCAUGCCAACAUCACUAAAGUUUCAUAUCCAUGGAAAACAUGCAGUGAUAUUAUUGGGUCAUAUUGGGGAGAUUCUCCACUUUCAAUGCUUCCCAUCUACAAGGAACUCAUAGCUGCUGGUUUACGUGUAUGGGUGUUCAGUGGUGAUACGGAUUCAGUCGUGCCCAUAACUGCAACAAGAUAUUCACUUGAUGCGUUAAAGCUUUCAACCAUUGCUAAUUGGUAUCCGUGGUAUGAUAAUGGAAAGGUUGCGGGGUGGAGCCAAAUAUACGAAGGACUGACGUUUGUGACAGUGACAGUUCAAACAAAGAAGAGGGGCAACAAAAUCCGCCAGAUCGUCCGCCUUAAACAAGUCGUGCAACGUUGGCAUCGCCACAUUCCCUCUGGAUCUAAUGUCGUCUAUGUUGGUGAAGAACGCCCCCGCUUCGUCAUUCAUACCCGUUUUCUAAACUUCGUCUCCUUACUCAACAAAGCGGAUGAAGAGUUCGGCUUCCAGACCACCAGAGGACUCGUCCUCCCCUGUGAUGUUGUUUUCUUCAAGGAGUUGUUGAACGUUCUAGAGAGAGACGAAAUUGGAUUCGGUGCGUUAGAUUUGGAUGAUUUGUCGUAG